CACCUUCUGGAGAAGAGAAUUGUCAAGUUGUAUAAUCCAGAAAGACAUUACGGAAUAAGAAACCUCUGAAAGUUCCCUUCUGUCCUAAAGAAAUAAAGAAAAUACUCGAAUCAGAUGUGCUUUUAUCGAAAAAUGCUCAGUCACACACCAUAAGGAAGAUAAUUGUUUUUGCAUCCCUUGGCAUAAGGCAUGGAUGUGAAGACAUGGUUGAGCUAGACUUCAAUCACUUCAGCAUUUUAAGGAAGGGGUAUCCAUAUGUGUCUCCAAAGAAUCCAGGGGAGCAUGUCUUAUACGAGAAUCCCGGCAUCCAGAGGAAGGUUUUCUAUCCAAAUCAAUGGAAUCCAACACUAUGCCCUGUUCGAAUACUUGAGGAAGAGAAGACUAUGCGCUCUUCCGAUCCCAGCUGUCCAUCAUGCCUAUUUUUAUGCAUCAAGUAUGGUGGAAGGACAAGAAAUCUUCCUCAAAAUGAAUAUGUCAGGCAGCAAAUGGGAAGAAAUAAACUGAAGUCUUUUGGACCUAUCAUGUGCCGAAUGGCAAUGCUAGUCCAUAUUCGCAGUGGGAGCUUCUUCUUCAAGGCCUUGGGCAUCACACUUCUCUUCAUGGCAGGUUUCCCCGAUGACCUUGUUCAACGAGAAACAAAAUAUAGGAACUUAGACUUGCUGCAAAAGUAUUAUAGGACCGACAAGGACGCUGAAGGUGAAGAGUUGUUUCUUUCACAUUCCAACACCGCGAGUCCUAGCUCAGAACCAUUAACUUCAAAUUCUACCUCAACAAAGCCGAAAGGAAGAAGGCAGACGAACUCCAAAUGCAAGUCUCACAAUUUGCAGAAAGCCUCGUAUCGACAAUCAGUACCGUCGAGUUCAACACACCCUACUCAGUUCGGCCUCAUGGGAUACACCUCAGUUCAAACUCAUGCAAUGGCAGCAUUUCAGACCACCCCAUUCCAGGCACCAGCUGAUACUUUACGAGUCACGAGCACGACGAUGAAGAGUCUUGGUAAUAAUAUCUCCUACCAUAACCAAACCCCAUAUCACUUGUUUCUACCACAAUCUGCAUACAGUUUCAUGCCUAUGGUAUUUUGGCCUCCACCGAAUGUCUUCCCUUCCGGUCCUUAUCCUACAGCAUACGGUUAUCGAUCCUUUCCGACUAAUCCGAAUUACGUCUCCAUCCAUCCACGGCCUUAUUAUAAUCACCCUUCCUCCAGUUGCUUUACUCCCAAGUUAACAGAAGGCAGUAGGAAGAAUGGUUCAGCAGCCUCAGGACGUCAUAGUGACUCGGAUAGCAGUACUGAGGAAUCGAAAGACUGCUGAUAGUGGAUCAGAUAUGCAUAUACAAUUUG